CAGAUCAAACAUGACUCGUUCGUUGCGCAAAUCUCCGUUGAAGAAAAAUCUCUACAAGCAGUACAGUGACUAUAGUCUUCAGUUAAAUCGCUGGUUCCUAAAGCCAAUCGGCAUCUGGCCCUCCUCGACUAGCAAGGAAAAGAUGCUAUCGCGCGGUAUCCAAUUCACCUGUUAUUCACUGAUAACCUUUGUAGUAGUACCUUCCGUACUGUAUAUCUUCUUCGAGGAUGAAGAUGUCGAUAUCCGCGUGAAGGCCAUCGGACCUGUUAGCCAUUGGUUUAUGGGCGCGAUGAAUUACCUGUCACUGUUGCUGCGUGGCGAUGAGAUACGUCGAUGUAUUGAACACAUGGAGCUCGACUGGCAGCUAGUGAACAGAGUGGAGGAUCGAGAGGUGAUGUUAAGGAACGCUAAGUUCGGCCGCUUCAUCGCCGGUUUCUGCGCCGUCUUUAUGCACUGCGGUGUGUUCUCGUACAGCAUGAUAAAGAGCAUGUCACUGCUGGUCAUCGUGAUUGGCAAUCAGACCAUUAUGAUACCUCGAUUACCGUGUCCAUUCUACAGUAACUUCCUCGACACGACGGUCACUUUGACAAAUCAGAUCGUGCUCAUGAUACAGUUCUUAUCGGGUUUCAUAGUCAAUUCGAUCACGGUAGGCGCGUGCAGCCUGGCCGCGGUUUUUGCGAUGCACGCCUGCGGACAAUUCAGUGUGUUAUUUCUGUGGUUGAACGAGUUAGUCGGCGACGAUACGGAGGAUAAAGACAAAUUGGUCAAGUAUAAACUGGCUAAUAUCGUGCAGCAUCAUUUGCGUGUACUAAGUUUUGUGUCGUGCAUUGAACAAGUCAUGUAUCAGAUAUGUCUUGUUCAAUUGGUCGGCUGCACGCUUAACAUGUGUAUGAUUGGCUAUUAUUCCCUCACGGAAUGGGAUACAGAAGAUACCAAAAACCUAGUAACAUACGGAAUUUUAUUCGUGUCGGUGACAUUUAACAUUUUCAUAUUUUGCUACAUCGGUGAACUUCUCAGUGAACAGUGUAAGAAAGUCGGCGAAACGGCCUAUUUGACUGAAUGGUACCGUUUACCUCAGAAGACUGCUCUUAGUCUGGUUUUAAUCAUUUCAAGAUCUAGCGCUGUAAUUAAGAUGACUGCUGGAAAACUGAUUGAAUUAUCAUUAGCGACGUUUGGAGACGUAAGUCUCGAUACUUACGAUGCUAUAUAUACUUUUCUUUUCGCAAACAAAACAUUAAUAUAUUAAAUAAUAUCAAGUUAUAAUCAAUAAUUAAUAUAUGAUAUAUUAAUGUGUACAAGUUUGUAUUAAUUAAUUGAUUGAUUGUAUUUAGUAAAUUUUUCACAUAUUAUUACAUGCUAUUUACAUAUCUAUUACAAAAUGAAAAGCAAUAAAUAUACUGUUGCACACAUAAUUACUGAAUAUCUUAGAAAAAUUGUUAGUAUACAUAUUUGUAUGAUUUCCUGCAAAAAAAGAGAAAAAAGUUGCCGAUAUCACAAUUCUCUGAAUAUUUUUCAAAGCAAUUAAAGUGUUAUUCGUUUCAGGUAAUUAAAACAUCCCUUGCGUAUUUAAAUAUGCUUCGCACUAUUUCUCUGUAAGUUAUAAAUAUUACGUGAUCAUUAGAAUAAAUUAGAUAAAAAAUCACGGGUCAGCUUUAUUUAUGAAAAAAAUGCUAUUUGUAGUAACUUACCUAUAAAAUCAAUCCUUGCUUACCAUGAUCUACAAUUAUCCUUUUGAUAUGAUAUAUUUUAUGUAUGACAAAUGAAUUGCGUACGCACAGAUUAUUUUUUCUUCGUUGUCUUUACUCAGUUCACCGACGUGAUUUAUGUAAACGUGUACUCCACAAUGACAGCACAGCAACAAGUCCGACGGUGCCAGUCAAUCAAUCGGAGUCAAUUCGUUCUGCCGUUUAUCUUCACGCAGACGCCGUAGUGACUACUAAGCACGUCGUUUUAGUCGAUUAAUACACGUUGUGCCAUCGUGUAGCCACCAUGUGUCAGGGAUUACAGACCUGUACAAUCAUAGCGUGCAGCUGAAUCGUUGGUU